AUGUUUGCAAAAUUGAAGCAGUUGCCGAGGAUAUGGUCAAUUUCGAAGAUUGAUUGGGCAAUAUGGGUGGUAGCCUUUUUGGCGACAGCUUGUGUAGAUGUAAUUCAAGGACUGCUGAUCGGCAUUCUAUUCGCUCUGCUCACAACUUUGGCACGCCAACAGUGGCCGCAGUGGCACAUCCUGUCGAACAUACCUGGCACAAGUGAGUACAGGGAUAUAGAGCGAUACCAGCAGAUUCAUUUCAUCGAGAAUGUAAGCAUUGUACGUUUCGAUGCACCACUGCUGUUCACGAAUGUGGAGCAGUUCCGUGAAAUGGUAGACAUCGUCACAUCUAAGUGGAAUAAUGUCUCGUGUAACUCGGAACUGGAGCCCGAAGAAGAGUCUUCGCUCACCGAAGAUGGGACUACGCAGUGGGUUUUGUAA